AAGAUCUUUGCAAACUGACUUAUUGCACUAUUUUUGUUAUUUUUAGAAGGCAUUUUAAAAAGUCAGAAAUAGUCAAAAUUGUUGGAACAAGGCCAGUUUAAAUGUUGGCUAAUAGCUUUACUACAUUUCCAUCCAAUAGCUGCAGCAUCAAGCUACUUUAGGUGGGAUUAUUUUGAUGCACUCUUCAGACACAAAUGUACAAACUGCUUUUUUUUUCGAACAACUACAAACAAAACAUCAGCACUGAUGUGAGAACACAAUGACGUACAGUAACUCCAGAUAACCUCCUUUUAUCACUGUUGUGGAUGCCAUGAUGGUGGAGAACAUUGUUUUCCACUAUCAGACAUCUUUAACAAUGAAGACAGUAAGAUGGGUUAAAGCUGUGGCUAUUUAAAAAGAACAAGAUCUCUGAGAUUACAGUUAAAAAUACUUCGACGGUCUCAUUGUCUGACGUUGGACUGUCAUUUUGAUGAUCUCUUUCCAGCUGGACAAACCAGUCAUUAACAGGCUUCCUCUGCCACAUGUCAUGUUUUCGUCUCAGGUGUAAGACUUUCUGGACCACAGGUGAGGAGCAGAAGACAUGUCUGCCGACGUCCAGGCGACCCAACCCCGGGCGUACACCAUGACCUCUGCGUCCAAACAGUGGUCCUCUGGCAUCUGUGACUGCUGCCAGGACAGCGCUCUCUGUUGCUACGCCUGCUGGUGCUUUCCCUGCUUCGCCUGCCGGACAGCGAAGGAGGCUGGAGAGUGUCUCUGUCUCCCCCUGCUGGACGCUUUCGGACUCAUCCCGCCCAUGGCCACGGCACUCCGGGCGUCCAUCCGCCAGAGAUACGGCAUCGAGGGAAGCGUUUGCAGCGACUGUGUGUAUGCGAGCUUCUGCGGGCCCUGCACCUGGUGUCAGAUAUCCAGAGAGAUCAAGACGAGACAAAACCCGGUGGUGUUUGUCAGCGCGACCGCCUGAUCAGAACUAAUGGUCCGCUCCCUCAUCAACAACCCGAGAAGCUGACGUCACGGCCGUCAUCGGAGAGAGCUGGCGCCCAAAGAGUCGCCACGCUUGAUUGGAUUAAGAGAGACUUUCACAUGUUUCCAGGAACAUCUGAUUGAACAUUGAGUGAAAAGGAACAAAGGAUGGAAAAUAGGGAAAUAUUUAACUAUCAGCCAUGCAUUCACAUUUUUUUCUCUUUAUUGUAGAAAAUACUGCUUUCUUCCACACAUUUACUUCUGUUUACCAUUUUUAUGUAAUGGUUGAACAAAUAUGCAUGUAUAUCUGGAAAUAUAAGGCCUAUUCUUCGCCUUUUAAGUUAAAAAUAUUCAAUAUGCAAUCGUUUGAAACUGUGUAUAUAUCCUAAUAAAAACUGGAAAUAAAUAU